AUGAAGAUUUUUUUCUAAAGACAGUGAUAAAGGAAGAAUUUGGAGAAGGUGGGAACCUGUUUGCUUCAGCUACCAUGUCUGGAAUUGGCAAUAAACGGGCAGCUGCAGAGCCUGGCCCUUCUGCCCCUCCGGAGAAGAAGGCGGGCGUUGAAGAUUCGGGGACCACAGUGGAGACCAUCAAGCUUGGUGGUGUUUCCUCAACAGAGGACCUGGACAUUCGGACUCUGCAGACCAAGAACCGGAAGCUCGCAGAGAUGCUGGACCAGCGUCAGGCCAUCGAGGAUGAGCUGCGGGAGCACAUAGAGAAGCUGGAGCGCCGGCAGGCCACUGAUGAUGCAUCUCUGCUGAUCAUCAACCGAUACUGGAAUCAGUUUGAUGAAAAUAUCCGCAUCAUCCUUAAACGCUUCGAUCUGGACCAAGGUCUUGGAGACCUUUUGUCUGAAAGAAAAGCGCUGGUGGUACCAGAACCUGAACCAGACUCUGACAGUAACCAGGAGCGCAAAGAUGAGAGGGAACGAGGGGAAGGACUGGAGCCAGCAUUCUCCUUCCUGGCCACUUUGGCCAGCAGCACCAGUGAGGAGAUAGAAUCCCAGUUGCAGGAGCGCGUAGAGUCUUCCCGCCAUGCUGUUGCCCAGAUUGUGACAAUGUACGACAAGCUGCAGGAGAAAGUAGAUGUUCUGUCUCACAAGCUGAACAGUGGAGAUAUUUCAUUGAUGGAAGAAGCAGUACUGGAGCUUAACACCUACCUGUCACAUGAAAAUGGACGGCUGCAGGAACUGGCUGAUGUUCUUCAGGAGAAGCACCGGAUCAUGUCUCAGGAGUUCUCCAAGCUGCAAGAGAGAGUGGAGACAGCAGAAUCCCGGGUGUCUGUUCUGGAGACAAUGAUUGAUGACCUUCAGUGGGACAUUGACAAGAUACGCAAGAGGGAGCAGAGACUCAACCGCCACUUAGCAGAUGUUCUAGAACGAGUAAAUUCCAAAGGCUACAAGGUGUAUGGAGCUGGGAGCAGCCUCUAUGGGGGCACAAUCACCAUUAAUGCCCGCAAGUUUGAGGAGAUGAAUGCAGAGCUGGAAGAGAAUAAAGAGCUUGCUGGGAAUCGCCUCAAUGAAUUGGAGGAACUACGCCAGGAUCUUGAGGAAGUAACAACACAGAAUGAAAAACUCAAGGUUGAGCUGCGACGUGCAGUAGAAGAGGCUGUGAAGGAGACCCCGGAGUACCGCUGCAUGCAGUCCCAGUUUUCUGUUCUGUAUAACGAGAGUCUCCAGCUGAAGGCACAUCUGGAUGAGGCCCGCACGCUGCUCCACGGCACCCGUGCCACACACCAGCGCCAGGUGGAGCUCAUUGAGAGGGAUGAGGUCAGCCUGCACAAGAAGCUGCGCACGGAGGUGAUUCAGCUGGAGGACACCUUGGCACAAGUCCGCAAAGAAUACGAGAUGUUGAGGAUAGAAUUUGAGCAGACCCUUGCUGCCAAUGAGCAAGCAGGCCCAAUUAACCGAGAGAUGCGUCAUCUCAUCAGCAGCCUCCAAAAUCACAACCACCAGCUGAAGGGAGAGGUGUUGAGAUACAAGCGCAAGCUGAGGGAGGCCCAGUCUGAUUUGAGCAAGAUCCGCUCUCGCAGUGGCAGUGCUCUCUUACAGGCCCAGUCCAGCACUGAAGACACAAAGGAGGAACCUCCAGAGAUCAAGCAGGAACCUGAGGAUCCUUCUGCCCAAGUGUCUGUCCCCAAGGCUGCUGCUGAAGAUGUAAAUGAAAUGAAGGCCAGGCGAGAUGAAGAGGAACGGGAGCGAGAGAGACGGGAGAGGGAGAGGGAACGAGAGAAGGAAAAGGAGAAAGAGAGAGAGCGAGAAAAAGAGAAAGAAAAGGAAAAGGAACGAGAACGGGAAAAGCAGAAACAGAAGGAAUCUGAGAAGGAGAGAGAAUCCAAAGAGAAGGAGAAGGGGAAGCAUGAAGAUGGAAGAAAGAAAGAGGCUGAAGUGAUCAAGCAGCUGAAGGCUGAGCUCAAGAAGGCCCAGGAGAGCCAGAAGGAGAUGAAGCUGUUGCUCGACAUGUACCGCUCUGCCCCCAAAGAGCAGAGAGACAAAGUGCAGCUGAUGGCAGCUGAGAAGAAGGCAAAAGCUGAGCUGGAAGAACUAAGGCAGAGGGUGAAAGAAUUGGAAGACAAGGAGAAAAAGGAGAGCAAAAAGAUGGCUGAUGAGGAUGCCCUCCGCAAGAUCCGAGCAGUGGAAGAACAAAUUGAGUAUUUACAGAAGAAACUAGCCAUGGCUAAGCAGGAGGAGGAGGCCUUGCUGUCAGAAAUGGAUGUCACAGGCCAAGCCUUUGAAGACAUGCAAGAGCAGAACAUCCGCCUGAUGCAACAGCUGCGGGAGAAGGAUGAUGCCAACUUCAAGCUGAUGUCAGAACGCAUCAAGUCCAACCAGAUCCACAAGCUCCUGAAAGAGGAGAAGGAGGAGCUGGCAGACCAAGUUUUGACACUGAAGACACAGGUGGAUGCCCAGCUGCAGGUUGUACGUAAGCUGGAGGAAAAGGAACACUUACUGCAGAGCAGUAUUGGCACAGGAGAGAAGGAGCUGGGUCUGCGAACACAAGCCUUGGAAAUGAACAAACGCAAGGCCAUGGAUGCAGCCCAGCUUGCAGAUGAUCUGAAAGCCCAGCUAGAGCUGGCUCAGAAGAAGUUACAUGACUUCCAGGAGGAGAUUGUGGAAAACAGAGUAACUAGAGAGAAAGAGAUGUUUAACUUCAAAAGGGCUGAGGAAGACAUUUCUAGGUUGCGCAGGAAGCUGGAGACCACAAAGAAGCCUGACAUGGUUCCCAACUGUGACGAGAUACUAAUGGAAGAAAUAAAGGAUUACAAGGCCCGUCUGACCUGCCCGUGCUGCAACAUGCGCAAGAAGGACGCUGUGCUCACCAAGUGCUUCCACGUCUUCUGCUUUGAGUGUGUGAAGACGCGCUACGACACCCGGCAGCGCAAAUGCCCCAAGUGCAAUGCGGCCUUUGGGGCCAACGACUUCCACAGGAUCUACAUUGGCUGAUCCUGGGAAGCUGCUGCUCACGCUGACCACCCAGCCUCCCCUCAUCUUCUGUGGCCACCACCCACAGGGCAGUCAUGGCUUCUGUCAGCUGAUCUGCAGUGUCUUCUGGGAAGUGUGGUUAGGGUAUGGAAAGAAACAGAUUCCAGAUCUUGGUUCCUUUCUUGCCCCCUUUCCUUUUGUUCUUGCUCUUGGUUUUUUGGAUAUUUUGUGCCUGAGAGGAAAUUUUCCAUCUAUCGCUAUCACACUGCUAAGCUGUGAACCUCUGACUGAAGUCCUGCCUUGAUGCGAUGAAAGCUGUGGUGCAGCAGAGAUUAGUGAGACCUAUAUUAUUACAAGGAGUUUGCUUUGGAUGUUAAUUAAAUCCCAUCAAGGUAUGGUAGUGCUUCUGAGAGUGAAUAGUUUCCUGAUUAACAGGCCAAAUAACUGAAUCUUUAGACUUCAGUGGAGUCACUCCUUAGGCAUGUAUCUUCCUGAGUCAGGGCAAGAACCUCUUAGGGCUGGUGCGUUAGUAAAGAUCCUCCCUAGCCCCAAAAGCACACACACAUCUUAGUAGCCAGAGGAGGAGAAAGGUAAGAUGUCAGAGAAUCAUAGAAAAUAGCAUUCCACUGAUGAACCCUGGUUGAUACGGACACCUUCCCCUAGGCUGAGGCAUCACUGUCAUUGUCCUUAUAAAAUAAGGAUUUUUAGGGGUUCCUUUGUUUCAGCUUUGCCACAAAGAUGAAUCUCUUUAUGCACAAAAUCUAAUUAAAGCUUUUGUUUGUUUUUUUUUCUGGUUUUCUUGCCUCUGGUAGUAUUGCCUGGUCUCCUGUUCUUUGUUCAGUUAUUGGAAACAUUUUUCACAAGUUUUAAGCUUCUCAAGUAGAGAGAUUAACUUCUCCUUCCUCCGCCUUCACAUUAUGCAUGACUAAAACAAGUUUUGUCCUUUUGGAUGUAACUCCAGUAUCUUAUUCCUGACACAAGAGAAGGGCCAAGACGCUGGACUGUUUCUGCAGCCAUUUUGACAUGGCUGCUGGGAAUUUUGAGAAAGGAUGUGGCAUGAGUUAUAGUCUCUAUGCUCCCUCUGGUUGGAACUGUAUUUUAAGUCUGCUCCUAAAAGCAAAAUGUGAAGUAAUUUAUUUGCAACAUUCCUUCACGAGGUGUAGUGUUUCUCCUGUAAACUUAAUUUUCUUGGAAGGUGCACCUCUCAAGAGGUUUGUCUCGUGUGUGUCUCUUCCCUGAACCGUGAAAACUGUGCUACCUUCCUGUGUUCACUAUAGGAAAUAAUAGAAACAGUAGUAAUAAAAAUAGUAGUAAUAGAAACAGUAGUAAAAUUAAUUAAUCACAGGCUAUCUUACAGUAUGCAUUAUUAUCUUUUUGAAAACAUUCAGAAUAUAUAAAUAAAACCUUGUAAAUUAUUAUGAACCUUGAAAAGAGUGAAGGAACAUGUGGCCCUACCUUUCCAAGGGGAAGCUGGGAUGCUGAGAACUUCUGGUGUGGUGUUAAGUGCUGUUAGAAGAAAAGACAGUAGAACCCUCUCCUCUUUCACUGGAAGUUGCUCCCUAGAUUACAGUUUGUGGCAUCAAGUUGGAGAAAGAGCCAUGUGUUAAUGCUUGUUGUAGAUUGUGAGGUGCAAAUGCUUGUUCAUCAAAAUCGGGACCUGGUUCAACAACAAACUGCAUCUUCAAACAGCUUCGCUACAACAGCAGACUUCCUUUUACAGCUGUGAACAACCAUCUGAACUAAACAGACCCUGAACAAAGCCCGUUGCUCCUCUCCCAAGUCACAAAGUUGCAUCACCUUUCUACUGAAAUAAAGCUUGAAACUUUUGUGUGUAUGCUGGCCAUAUUGGGAUCACUCUGGUCAUGGUAGGAAAUAGAUACUUGAAAGAAUCUGGAUUAGUUUCACAGAGGAAAUUUGGAAACUUCUAUUUUCUCUUUCCUUACCAAGAAAAAUGUUAGUGGUUUGGUUUGUAAUAAAAUAAUAGUUUAUUUCAAGAUCA